GAUGAUUCUCAGUUAAACUGUAUCCUCUUCCGUUAUUUUCAUGACGACAACGAGUAGCCAAGCAAGUUGCCACUGCUUGGGUCGAGCGGCAGAUAGCUGCGUCUGUUCGGAAAGAUUGGAAAGCGCGGGUGUAGCCAAACUGAAACCAUGAUUUAUUUUACGCGUGCUUUUAAAUGGCUUUAUAUUACAAGCGCCUAAAGCCAGGACCCGACUAGGGUGUAUUAACGAUCGGAUAUUCCUAGCAGUCCCACCCUUCGCUGCCCGAGUCGUUGCGCUACGCCCCGUCCCUCGGGCGGGUGGGCUACAUCGAUAGUGAGAGGAAGACGGGACAUCUUUUUUACCGUGUUGUUACCUCCGUAUAUCUCACAACAAAUCACACGAUGGGGAAUACGACCUCCUGCUGCGUGUCUUCCAGCCCAAAGAUCCGGAGAAAUGCACACUCGAGGUUGGAGCCGUACCGACCCGAGCCCGAGCUCAGCCGAGAGGAUACAGGUUGCAACCUCCAACACAUUAGUGACAGAGAGAACAUUGAUGAGCUGAACUUGGAGUACAAUCCUUCAGACCAUCCUCGUGCCAGUACCAUCUUCCUCAGCAAGUCGCAGACAGAUGUUGUUCUUCCCAACAAGAAAGUGCGGGAAAAGAGGAAAAGCCUAUAUGUUAACCAUGUGAGUAUAAUCAAUUUCAUACAUUAUCCACAACACCCUGGUGGGCCAAUGAGACGUAAAUACAGCUCCUGCUCGACUAUCUUCCUGGAUGACAGCACCGUCAGCCAGCCCAACCUCAAAUACACCAUCAAAUGCGUCGCCCUUGCGAUAUAUUAUCACAUAAAGAACAGGGACGUCGAUGGAAGAAUGUUACUAGACAUUUUUGAUGAAAAGCUCCACCCACUUUCGAAAUCGGAGGUGCCGCCUGACUACGAUAAGCAUGAUCCCGAGCAGAAACAGAUCUACCGUUUUGUUCGGACUCUGUUCAGCGCCGCCCAGCUCACCGCAGAGUGUGCCAUCGUCACCCUGGUGUAUCUGGAGCGCUUGCUAACGUAUGCAGAGAUUGACAUCUGCCCUGCCAACUGGAAACGCAUCGUCCUGGGCGCCAUCCUGCUCGCCUCCAAGGUGUGGGACGACCAGGCCGUGUGGAACGUGGACUACUGCCAGAUUCUCAAAGACAUUACCGUGGAGGACAUGAAUGAGUUGGAGAGGCAGUUUUUGGAGCUGUUGCAGUUUAACAUCAACGUGCCAUCCAGUGUAUAUGCUAAGUACUACUUUGACCUGCGCUCUCUGUCAGAGGCCAACAACCUGAGCACCCCACUGGAGCCCCUGAGUCGAGACAAGGCCCAGAAAUUAGAGGCUAUCUCCCGGCUGUGUGAUGAUAAAUAUAAGGACAUAAGGAGAGCAGCCAAGAAGCGAUCGGUUAGCGCAGACAAUCUCACGGUGGUCAGGUGGUCCCCUGCCAUCAUAUCCUAACAGAGGUGCAUGUUGGGAAAACGGAUAGCGAGACAGAGAGAAAUGUUUAGGAGUGAUUCACGUCUUUCUGAGAGAAAUGCUUUGCCUCUUCCUCUGUGCAGACAGAUGACUCCUCCGUGCCUAUGCAUGGUUCUCGAACCCCGGGGCAGACCUGGCUCUUACCCAUUCUGUACAUACUGAGAUGCCUGGAUUAAAAAAACAAACAAACAAACAGACUCUUUGAACCUGUCACUCAGGUAGAGUAUGGACUGCUGCUUCAGUUGCAGGGAAACCACUUGACAGAAGGAUUCGGAUGAUGGGAUUGAGAAACAAAAAAGAAAUUUAAAAAAAAGAAAAAAACUUGUGGAUUGACAUUCCAAUGUCUGUCUUAAGUUGGUUAGUGUUCUGAACUUGGAGGCAUUUGAGAUUUUUUUUUCU